AUGGUCAACCUGUGGAGGGAUGCCGGAGAUCUGUUGCGCGGCAAGGAGGCGGAGCUGCCCAUGCUGGUGCCACCGCCAGCGCACCGCGUGCUGGGGCUUGGCAAGGAGGCGGACGGCAAGCCACCUAAGCUGAGUGGCAGGACAUCAGCAGGAGGCCCUGCCAGAUCCAAAUACAUCCUACAUGCCGCGCUGGCUCCAGAGGUACUUAGCAAAGGAGCGCGGCUGGAGAGCAAGCGCUUCUCACAGCAAGGUGCUUUGGCGACGGAUGGCGCGUAUGUGGCGCAGCAGUUGGCCCGGCAGGCGGAGGGGCACAAGCACGAUGAGCCGGACGCGCACCAAGAGGCGGACCGCUGGUGGUGCGCAGUGUUUCUGCCGCUGCCGCGGCCGCGGCAGCUGCUGCCUUCCGUGCUAGUGGGUCAGCGCGGCCUAGUUGGCGAGACACCGUCCUUUGACCAGAGGAGCAAGGUGGAGGUGAAGCUCACGCCCGAUGAGUUGGAAGAGCUGGGUCGGCUCUGCGCUAGCUUCGCCAAGCUGGUGCUGCCGCCACCCGUGGAGGGUGAGGAAGCCGCGGUUCUACUGAGCAGGCCUUGCUUUUGUCAGCUCCUGCUGGCCAUGGGCCUGACCUCUCUGGAGAAGUGCUUUGUGCCUCACUACCACCGCGCCGUCCAGUGCUUCGACGCCGAGGCGGUGAGCUGCGACGUGCAUAGCGUCGCCCCCUAUGGGAGAAUCACCCAGGCGGUGAGGUUGCCAGCCCUUCCAGACAAGGUUGACGAAUCUAGCCUGGAAGAGCUGAUGAAUGAUCGGCAAGUGCCACGCCUGGCGAGGCUGUUCGGGCGCCUGCUGGAAGAGUUGGCUGCGCACCCUUUCUGGGAAGGGCAGGAGAUGGCGGAGGCCAUCCCCCGUGCCAAGAAGUAUUUCUUCUUCAAGAUGGUCCCCGCAGCGCAGGCUUUCAGUGACGCGCGCCUUCGGCUGCUGCAGAAGAAGGCUGCGAGCCUCGAGGAGCCCAGCCGGGGCUCAGAGAUGGAUGCCACAAAGCGCUCCAGAUUCUCAGUUUCGAGCGCACACUCCUUUGUGGCCAUGGAUAGCAGCUCUGAUCUUCCCACGGAGGCGUCCGUGGAUUCGCAGAACUCCUCCCCCCCCAAACUGCAAAGGACAAACAGCGUAAGGAGCAUCGCCAGCAGUGGAUCAAGACGCACCUCCACUUCACGGAAGCGGGAGUCCCUCGUGAGGAUUGUGGAGGAGCCCAAAGACGAGCCGGAGCCGGAGGUCUUGCCGACCGUGCUGCCAGCAGAGGUGGUAAAGGCCGAGUUCCUGCAGAACCAGCUGCUGGAGCCUGAAGUGGUCGCCUUCGUGGCCAUGUUCUCCGGCAUCUUCCAGGUGCUGUUCGAGACCUACUGCGACUUCCCGGCGCGAGGCGCCACCGAGGGCCACAUGACCAUCUCGGCCUUCCUGAGGUUUUGCUUCGACUUGGGGCUGUUCCCCUCCGUGAUUGAUCUUCAGAGCCUCCAGCGUCUUUAUGGCUACAGCCGCAGCAAGCCCAGCCCCUGCCCUCCACAGCGCCGGCGCCGGCCCAAGCGAGAGCCCAAAGCCUUCUUCUGGAACGGGCUGCAGGUGCCCCAGCGGUUCGAGUGGCUCACAAAGGAGUUUGCGCAGCACAACGCGGAGGAGACUGCCUGUGUUGGCCUUCUUGGUGCCAUCCAUGACUGGAUGAAGGAUCGCAUGUGGACGCCCAGCGACGUCUUCGCGCUGCUGGACUGGAAUGGCAACGGUGGAAUUUGCGGUGAUGAGUUUGUCCAAGGCCUGAAGCUGCUGCAGUUGGACCAUCUCCCAGAGGAGGAGGAGCUUUACAGGCUCAUACCGCUUCUGCUGAACGAGGCUGGGCACGUGACCCCCUACGAGCUGCAGCAGGCUCUGGCAGUUGUGGCAAAGCAGAAGCACAAGCUGGAGCUCGCUGCCAACUUCUUCUUAAAGGCGGAUCGCGACAUGUCGCCGACCGAGCGCAACGCUAGCGUCUUCUUCAGGGACUUGAUCAAGGUCAUGGAGAAGAACAACUGGACACCUCAAAGGCUCUUCGAGGAAUUUGGCAGCGGCCAGAUCACCAAGGACGAGCUUGAGAGCAAGGCCAAGAUAUUGCUGGUCCUGCACUGUGGGCGUUCUGCUGCGCUGGAAGUGGCGCAGCCCUUUGACGUGCUGGAUGUGAACGGGGACGGCGUCAUUGAGGAGGAGGAGUUUGUGGCGAUCCUAGCGCAGCUCUCGAAGGCCGCAGGGCAUCGGCGACGUGGCGCGGCAGCGGCGGCAGCUGCAGGCGGCCCUGGCCGCGGUGACUUGGUCCGUGGCCGCCACCCGCGCUCAAGUGGCCGCCGGCGUGGCGGAGUUUAG